GUUUAAACAGAUAAACAGGAAAAGUGGAUAUCAGAAUGCCACAAAAACAUGUUGACCGUCUGGUGGACAACCUGAUAGAAGAUGAAGCUGAGAGAGAGACACUUCUUGCAAAACCUACCUGCUUUAUCAUAGUUGGAAGACCGGGUGUUGGCAAAUCAUCUUUAGCCAGAAGAAUAGCAGAAUCCUGGAAAUGCAUCUUGAUAGAUGAUACAGAUCUGCUCAACACACACAUUAUAAAUAAAACAAAUGAAGGCAUAGAGCUCUUAAAUAUCUUAUCUGAGGGGAGAAAUGUGCCAGAAGACAUGGUGCUCCAGCUGCUUCUCACCAGGCUUAACUCAGCAGAUGUUGAGCACUAUGGUUAUGUCCUGAGCUGCCUGCCAUUCAUGUCAGAAGAGUGUCUGAAGAUUCAUGAGCAGCUUGAGCUGAUCAAAAACCUCAAGCUUACUCCUGAUUUCAUCAUCAACAUCAAGUGUGCAGACAAAGACCUUGCCCGACGGCUGUCAGGUCUGAAGCAGCACCCGGAGACAGGGCAGCUGUACAACAGGGAUCAGUGGAUGCGUGAGGAUGUGAACAACGAUGAGGAAGGGGAGGAUGAGGAGGAUGAAAAGCAGGCAGGGAGUGAAGAACUUCAAAAGGAUAUUAUUGACAACAUGGUGUGGACACCCGAGAAUUUGGACAAAAAUGCUUUACAUAGAAUCAACAUGUACAAAGAUACGAUGCUCAGACCACUGGAGGACUACAUGACAGAACACAACCCUCUCUACCUGUUGGAGCUGGAUGGACAAAACAAAUCUGAAGAGCUGCACUUGUCUGUGAUGUCGCGUCUUGGAUCCAUGGCAAUCAAGAAUGUCUCAAUUCCAGUACUCCUCCAUCAGGCUGAUGAUGAAGAAAUACCGGAGCAGGUUGACACGGAGGACCUAUUUAGAAUGAUGUCCUCUACCCAGACAGUGGCCCCUGGCUUCAGAUGGAGAAGAAGUCGUUGGGGCCAAACUUGUCCUGUUGCUCUGAGUGAAGGCAAGGUCAUUCUUGGCAAGCCUGAUUUAUGUGUGGGCUUCCAGGACAAAAUGUACGUCCUCUCAUCUCAGGAGGCUUACCAGAAGUUUUUAAAGAACCCCCGACGGUACUUACUUCCUCCGAUGCCAAGGCCCCCUUGCAGAGUUUCUAUAAUUGGUCCUCCCCUGGCAGGGAAAAGCACUCUAUGUAAGCUUUUAGCUCAGCACUACAAUGCAUUGGUGCUUGAUAUGGAGGCUUUGGUGCAACCGGUUCUGGCUAAGGUUGAGCAAGAGAGGCUUGAUAAAAUCAAAGAGGAAACAACACAGGUCGCUCUAGAGAAAAUCAAGAUGAAGAUGGAGCAGAAUUCAGUGACAGAGGAUCAUCCAGAGGUACAAGCCUUGGUUCUCACUGCGCUGGAAGAAGCCAAACAUAUGAGCACAUCUCCCUUGAGUCUGUAUGGUGAGGUUCUGGAGAAGCGCAUAAAUGAGAUUGAAGAGGCUGGCGCUAGUACGGAUGUCAGGACUGGAUGGGUGCUUGACAACUUUCCCAAGAACGUGUCCCAAAUGAAUGCCUUACAGCAUGCUGGAAUACUGCCAGACCUCCUCUUCUGUCUCAAAGACAGUGAUGGCAGUCAGGUUUUUAAGCGAUUGUAUGAGGCGAACAAGCAAAGCGUGGACGAAGCAUUCGGGACGAGAUUGCAGGACGAACAAUCUGAGAAGGAGAAACCGGCCUUAACCAAUAAACAGCCAGAAGAGGAAGAGGCCAUGCCUGCAGGGCUGCAAACACAUCUAGAGACAGUUAGUGAAGGCACUGAAGGUAUCAUUUGUGUUGCUCAUUGGGACUCAGGUUAUCCAGAUGGCCCUGAUGUGAAUGACUACAAAAUGAAACUCAAUCAGUUUUUGUCCGAAUGGAACCAAAUGCAGUCCGCUUCAACUGUCACCCACUCAGUACUAGAGAUAGGUGACAAAAGCCCUGAGGACCUGCUUCAAGAAAUUGUGCUUCAAAUGGAGAAACCCUUUGAGUAUGUGUCCUGUGAACUAUCAGCAAUGGACCUGGAAAAGGAGGCAGAAGAUAUGGAGGCCUUAGCUGAGCUGGAGAGAGCCGACGAAGGAAGCAGUGACAAUGACGCAGCAGAGGAUGAGGAUGAAGCGGACACAACAGUCAAGAGAUUAUUAGGCGAUUCCCUUCAUUUCUGCCCAGUGGCCUUGAAGAACUCCAACAUCCUGUUGCCAUGUACGGAUGAAAUUGCAGCCAAGUACCGCGAUAAGACCUUCUACUUCUCAAACGAAGAAGCCAGGGACUACUUUCUUCAAAACCCUGCUAAUUUUGUUGCACAGACGUCGCCACUCAAGCCUCCUGCCCCGCGGAUCUUUUUGCUUGGCACGAGAGGUUCAGGCAAGACCAGUAAUGGUGAGUGGCUCGCCCAGCAGCUUGGCCUCUUCCAUAUUCAGUUCAGGGAGCAACUCCAAAUGCUCAUUAAGGCCAAGACAAAGAAGCCUGUACUUUAUGCGGAUGAGAAAGAGUCUUCAGAAGAAUCUCCUGAGGACUUGGAAGCACUCAUAGAGGAGGCCAGAGGGGAGCAUGAGAAGGAGACAGAGGAGACCUCCAUCAACGAGAAUGACAUUGAGCCGGAAGUGGUCCUUACUGAGGAGGAAAAAGACAUCAAAGCCUAUCUCUCUGAAGGAGAUCCAUUACCUUUACAGAUCUUGGACACAGUUAUUGCACCGUACUGGAAACAGGAACCAUACAAGUCUACAGGUUUUAUUUUGGAAGGCUUCCCUUUCGAUUCUGAUGAGGUGCAGUACAUGUCACAGCGCCAGCUUUUCCCUGACCUUGUCGUAAUAAUGUCAGUGGACAUCACGGACGUUCAAAAACGCCUGUUGCCGACAUACCUGGAGAGCUGGUGCGAGCGCCGCAACCACCGUGAAGCACAGCUGAAUCUACUUCGGGAUUUACGUAAAAAGAGCCGGGAGGAAAACAUUGCCAAAAGAAAGGCUGAACUCACAGAGGCGGCCAAAUCAAAGUCCAGAAAUGAUGAGGAGGAAGAAAACGAAGAAGAGGAUGGAGAUGCAGGCAACAUAGAGGAUGAGAUAGAGGCCACGCUUGAAGAGGAGUUUCCUUUAGAAGAAGAUAACGAAGACAUGGAGGAGAAUGGGGAGACUCAGGAGGCAGCGUCUGAGAGGCUGGAGAUGGAGAUAGCAGAGCGCUAUAUGACAGAUGAAACCGGCCUCGCUACUGUAACGGAGCUCUUGAGUGAACUAAACAUUCCCAAAGUGUCAAUUAGUGCAUCUCGAAAGCUCCGGAUCGUGCGACAACAAAUGCUCCAGAAAAUCCAACCGCUGCUGACCAACAGGGAGUCACUCUUCCAAAAAUGUCAACCCAUCUUAUACAGCCUGGCACAUAAGCUGUUGCUCUCCUCUUAUAAGCUCCACAGUGCCUUUGGCUGCUGGGAUCCCAUAAAGCGAUACAAAGAGAAAGAUUUGAUCCAGCCUCUGCAGUGGCCCCUCAACACUACAUAUCCCCUGAUCUUCCAUCAGUAUAUCUACUUCUUUGCAUCUAAGGAGAAUCGCAACAUAUUUAUGCUGAACCCCUUGAAAUACUUAAGGGAGUCUAAACCCAAUCUGUCCCUUCCUGUUAAAAUUGCUGUUGUUGGACCACCGAAAUCUGGGAAAACCACAGUGGCAAAGAUGUUUGCUCAAAGAUAUGGCUUGGCCUGCCUGUCUAUUGGUGGUGUUAUGCGUAUGGUGCUUCACAAGCAUGAGCACACUGAUUUGGCUGUCCAGAUGAAAAAGCAUCUCUCCCAGGGACUAACUGUGCCUGAUGAACUGGCCAUUCAGUGUCUGGAGGUGGCGCUCAUGAGCUCCGUCUGCAGCACUCUUGGGUAUGUGUUUGAUGGCUUCCCGAAGACACUUAAGCAGACAGAGCUGAUGGGGUCUCGGAGCAUCAUCCCUAUGAUAGUGGUUGAGCUGGGGCUGGACACAGUGGAGGUGCUGAAGAGAGGCCUACUGGACAAAAUGAAGCCCGACAAGCCUCACCUGAUGCACGACAGCUCAGAGAUCCUUCACAUUAAUAACUCCUGUUACAAGCAGGAGAUGGAGCAUGUAAGGCAACACUUCCAACAACAAUAUCAGAACUGGAUACUGCUCGAUGGCCUGAAGAGCAAAUGGUGGAUCUGGCAAAGCAUUUUAAAGGAGGUCAGCUUCAGCAUGAAAUAUAUCCACAGCUACUUGGAGAGAACAUGCAGUGGGAAUGCAGCCUGCAUCAACAGACUGUGCAUCACGCCCAGGGAGCUGCAGCAUCGGCUUGGAGAGUUUGAUCAGUACUGCCCUGUCUGCCUGGCUCUAUGUCAACACCUGGUGGACCGCUCAGACAUCGCAGCCUUAACUCACGCAGCUGAGUACAAGGGAAAGUAUUACAAGUUGUGUGGCGAAGACCAUUUGGAGCAAUUCCUUACAACUCCAGAUCAGUUUGUGACUCCACAAUGCCCACACCCUCUCCCACAAUCCCACCUGCUGCCACAAAAGCUCACUGAGAGCCAGGUGAAGAACAGGUUCCCACAGCAGGUGGAGAUGAAGGGCUUCUGCUCGGUAACUUAUGUGGAUGGAAAGCAAAGGUAUGAAGCUCUUGUUCGAGGAAAGAUGGAAUUUGCUGUUGAAUACAGAGAACAAAUCUACAUUUUUGAGACAAAGCGGAAACAGGACAAGUUUUUGAGGACUCCUGAAACGUACUGGAACCAGAAGCUGCCCAGUAAAGUUCCUCCUCUUUGUGAACCUGUACCCCUCACCUCCCUUCCAACGUUGGGCUACCUGGAACAGGGUGUGGCAGUAUCAGUAAUCAAGGCCAUGACAGCUGUUGGGUGUCUCAAACCAAAGUAUCCCUUCCUCAGUAUACAAAGAUCAUCACUCCUCUAUGUGGCCUUAUAUCUGAAAGCUUUUAAUCACAAGAGCACAGAUUACAGCCGCCAGAAGUACAAAAAGAAGCUGGCCUUGUAUGAAGAAAACUGUGCGCUCAUUCCCUACCUGACCUCAACGAUGAGAGGGAACUACCAGCCUCCCAGUGAACGUCCCCUUGACUUUGAGUUCAAAUUGAAUAGGUUCCUUGCCUUGGGACACUUGCCGGGUGCCAAUAGUGUGCUGUAG